AUGCGAGAUGCGUUCUUGGACGGGGCGGAAAUAUUCGCGUUGACGGCGGCGGUGGGCGUGAAGGCGCGCGCGGCGUACGUGGAACAUAAGACGGCUAAAGUGGCGCAGGCGGCGGGAUACGUCGAGCAUUUACCCCCGAGAGCGGUGACGAGCGUUUGGGGUGACUUGCCACUGUACGUGGCCGUGGUGGCGGGGACGAUUUUGCGAAGGUUGAGUCGAGCGCGGGAGGAGUCAACGGAGGGACGGCUGCAGGGCGUGCCCAGCUCGGUGAAGGCGAGGCUGGCGUUUUUGGAACAGGCGAACGACAGCGUCAUGGAAGUCUCGAGGCGCACGGCGCGAGAUGUUUCGCGUUUGGGCACGCGCGUGCGGUUGACGAGACGGGAGCUGUCGCCACCACUACGAAAAGUGCAAGCCGAGUCCAAGGAAAACGCGCAAAUCUUAGCCGCCGUGGCGCAACGCAUCGAACUCCUCGAGGGCGAGCUCGCGGAGGGACAAUCCACCAUGAGUGGACUCCACACCGUGAGCUCCAAGCAGUUCGACGUCUUGUCCAAGGCCAUCGCCGAUCUCAAGGCUUCUCAGAUCGAGCUUCAGGCCGCGCUCGCCGAGCUCCCGGAGCGCGAGCCGCGCGUCGAGCCCGCGUCGCUCGAAUCCGUGGAGUACGAGACCGUCUCCGCGUCGCGCGACGAAGACGACGCCAGCGUCAACCACGCUCCCGCGCGCGCUGCGCUUCCUCAGCCGCGCGAGUCCGAGGCCCCGAAACCGUCGUCGAUGGACUACUUGUAA